AUGGCGUACCAAGUCGAAGGCGAAUUCAUCACCCCUGCUGAGUUUGAAGAUGACUCACGCUGGAUCCGUGCCGUGAAAGCACACCGUGCAGCCGCGGCCCACCAGCCCAUCACCUCGACGCCGCCUGCCUCGACCCUAUCGAACACGCCUGCUCUACCGCCGAACCCACCCCCACUACUAACCACGCUUCGUCGUCACGCUCCUCUCCCUCGACUCCCAGCGGAGGACUUCAAGAUCGUCUUCAGACCGGGAGGGGGGCUUGACCUCCGCACUACAACUAACGGUGCCCUGCUCCAAACACUCUGCACUCUUGCCACCAUCGACUACGCCACCGCCCGAGCCGCUGACCGUGUACGAAUCAAUCCGUACAACAACUCACUUACUGUCAGCACCCCAUCUGAGUCACAACGCACGCCUCUACCUCCGUGUAUCGGAAAUCCGCCUGGUUCCAUCUCUUACCCCCUACGUGCCUACAUGGCGGCACAGACAACGCCCUCCGCGGCAUCAUCUACAACGCCGUGGACUCCCAAACCAGGAAGAGAUCAUCCAAGAUCUCCAGUCCAUGAAUGUCAACACCCCUACGCCAUCGCCGAUGCGCGCCAGAUGGGGCGCUCCAAAUCCAUCCUCAUCACCUUCGUUGGCACUACCACCCUUCCCCUCCGCGAUCGUCUUCAAUUGCGGAGUCUACCACUGACCACCCCGUUCCGCCCGAAAGCCGAGGCCUGCACGAACUGCUGGACUCCGGCCACGCGCGGACGUCUGCACCAGCCCAAGUCCGCCUCUCGGCUGCCGCUUGCGGAAGCCCACCUCACAGGCUCGCGCCCGUGCAAGCUCCGGUUCGACCGGGAACGGCCGUCACCCUCGACCCACUCUAAGCCCCAGCCUCCCCCACCAGCGCCACCACCGGGCCCAUCCUCAAGAGCUCCCGGCCUUCCCGCCCCCGCCGCCGAUCUACAUCCCGUGGUGCCCGUUCUACCAGCCGCCACCGCUCCGUCUCUUUCCCGCCCUGCCCAGGCCGGAGGCGUCCACCACCCCACCAUCGCUACCAACACCACAGCCAAACCACCGCUCCAAAUUCAAGAGCUGUCGCUCCAGCUGCAGGCCGCGCUGGCGCGUCUGUCCUCUCCCGCUCCUCCUCCUCCUUCCCCAGCCGCGCGCCUACACGAACGCCAUCUCCGCCGGCGCCAGCUGAGGAGUCCAUGA